AGCGGGAAUAUCUUGGUAUAUACCACGCGGAGCUGGGUAGAUCCGGGAGCCGGAAGCUACUGACAAUCUCCCAAACCAGAUCUCUGGGCAAACCCUAAUAUACAGAUCGCUUUAAUAAGAGAUGCAUAUGCUGAACAAAGUUUUACCUUACGCCUUUCUACCAAAACGUCUGCCUAUCUUUGAGAUCUACGAUGCGCCUCUUACAGAUCGCCAACUCGCUUCUGGCGGGGCUCGCCUUGGAAGCGACAGCGACUUCGACUUCAACGCCCUCUCCGAAAUAUCCUCCAUCAGUCAAAAUAAAGAACGGCACUUUGUCUGGUGUGCAUAAUACCGCCUUCAAUCAGGAUUUCUUCUUAGGAGUUCCCUACGCCACCCCUCCCAUUGGGAAGCAUCGUCUUAGACGACCGGAGCCGGCGCAAGCUUGGAAUGGCACGAAAAAUGCCAGUACUUACGGUCCUUGGUGUGUCGGGACCCCGCCAGGAAUCGUAGAUCUUCCUGGCUUCGCACAAGCUUCUGAGAAAUUCUUAGCCAAAAGUGAAGAUUGUCUCCAAUUGAACAUCGUACGACCCGCGAGUCUGCUCCCAAAGUACAAGCGACUGCCCGUCCUGGUUUGGUUCCAUGGAGGCGGCAUGGCUAGUGGCAGUGGUGUUGAUGAACGCUACAACGGGUCAUUCUUGGUUCAAGAGUCAGUUGAGAUGGGCACCCCCAUCAUCUACAUCAGUAUCAACUACCGACUAGCUACGUUUGGAUUCCUGGCCGGCUCAGUAAUUGAAAAGGCUGGUUUAACAAACAUUGGCCUGCGUGAUCAGCGCCAGGCAUUGCUUUGGAUUAAAGAGAAUAUCGACGCGUUCGGUGGCGACCCCAAUAAGGUGACAAUAUUCGGAGAGUCAGGUGGUGCUUUCGCUGUGGGGCUACAACUCAUUGCCUUUGGAGGACGAGGUGAAGACCUCUUUCACGGAGCAAUCAUGCAAAGUGGCAGUCCGCCUCUAGCUCGCACGAUUUUCAACGCUCAGGGUCGAGAGGAGGAGUUUCAGAAAAUUCUUACUGCAACCGGGUGUUCCCAAUCUCAAGAUGUUCUCGCUUGUCUGCAAGCUGUACCGACAGACGUCCUGUCACGUGCAAGUUCUUCAAAUACUCAGGCCCCAGUCCUUUUCACCGCCAACGACGAUAUUCUCCCAGAGCUUCCAUCCAGACUGCUCGACGAGGGUCGUAUUGUAAAGGUCCCCGUUAUAGCCGGCAUAAACAGAAACGAGGGGACUACAAUUCUGGCACUGAUGCUCUCCGCUAGCAAUGCAACGCUUAACACCUUCGAAGACUUCGCGGCGGUGAUCGCGGACCGUGGUUUCCCUCCUGCUGCAGUGCGAAAACUUUGGGACCUGUAUGGAGAUGAGGUCACAAACCCCACGGAAGCUGGCCUGGGUGAUGUUCUACCAUCCAAGUAUGGCUCCGAAUUUCCCCGCGUGUCGCUGUUUGUGGGAGACGACAAGUUUGGCUUUACUAAACGCUACACGAACCAGGUUUGGGACGCAGCGGGCGUUCCAAGCUACAGUUAUUUCUUCGAUAUCGCGCCUGACAAGGCAUACUUGGAUCCCGCUAUAUACGGUGUGCCACAUGUCUCGGAGAUUCCCUAUGUCUUUGGCAACGCGAAUGGUGUAGGGUGGGAAAAGAAUCCAAUUCCCCAAGGGCCUGACAAUGCCGCUAACCUCAAGAUGGUUAAACUUAUCAGUCGAAUGUGGAUCAGCUUUGCUGCUUCAGGUUCGCCUAACAAUCACAAGGUAGCCGAUGUGAAGUGUGAAUGGCCAGUAUGGUCAAGUGCCGAUGCUAAAAGUGCAUGGUUCAAACUAUCGGGUCUUACUACACAAGAGGACAACUGGCGUCAGGAAGCCAUGGACCUUAACAUAGAAUUGACUAAGGGGAGAGAGUGGUAG